GUUUUUAUUUUUGUUUCAAAUGUUAAAUUAUUUAAGUUUUGUCACGUGGAGGGACAGCACGUGGUUCACGUAUUUAAAUAUAGAACAACAGUGAAGUCCCCCACUUUCUUUGGGUGAUAUGAGCAUCAAAUAAUAUACAUUUGUACUCCACUUACUUCCCAACUUUACCCCUAUCCCCUAUAUUUUGAUAGGGGAAAAGCCCAAUUUUAAUGUAAGAAACUAUCUAGAUUCACCCCUACUUACUACAAUUCCCCACUGAUUCCACUGUUUAAAAUACAAGCCCUCAGUUAUCUCCAAACAAUCACCCAUUUCCUAAUCAAUAAUUGCGACUGUUACUCGAAUUUGGGGGGCCAAAACUCAAAUAUUCCCCACAAAAAUUAUAAAAAAAUGUAGCCCCACCUGUGCACAAUGUCAUCCUCUAUCACCUCCCCAAUUUACCUGGCACAAUAUAUUAAUUUUAGUCAAUUUUGGGGUUUAUUUUCUCAUCAUAAAUUCCACAGCAAAUUGCUGAUCGAUCAGCAGUUUGGUAUGAAAUUUGCUCAGUAGAUUGAUCAGAAAGUUGCUCAGUGAAUUGAUCAGUGCCCUGUUCAAUGGAAAUUUGAUCAAAGGAUUGAUCAAAACCGUUACAUUUGCAUGAAAAUUGAUCAGCACCAUUAAUCGAUGCGAAAAUUGCACAGCAGAUCGAUCAGCACCCCUCCAACGGAUAUGCAAAUCGACGGAUGAGGACAAGGAUACCGAGCAACAUCCCUAAUUCCCAUACACAAAAGGAAGAAUUAAGAGUGAGAAACCUUACUUUACGCUCCUCAUCCGAGUCGGUAAAUUAAGGAGGGCGCAGGGAUGCGUGGUAGGGAGGGCAGAGUGACCGAGCUAGACUAUGAACAUAGCUGCGGAUAGAUGGCAGGACAACACUGUUCAUUAAAAACAAGGAUUCGAUAGUUACAUAGAUAGAUAGGCACAUUGAGAACACGUUUAAAAAAAUGCGAACAGUAAUCUAUUGGAUAGUAGGAGCUUUGCCAUUGGACGAUGGCAUUUGGGUCUUGCGCGAUUGGUCGUCCAUGUUUACGUCGUAACGGAGCGCCGUAGUCACAUCGUGGCCAUUAGCAGAAGGAGCCAUAUACGAGCCGUAAAGGUGGUCUUUUAGUGGUAUUACAGUGGUAAAUAUGAGACGGAGAUGAGCGGCAAUUUUAUGGAUGGACUGCUAGGGAACAAGUACUCAGCUGACACUACCUCACCAAGUGCUCUGACGAGUUACGGGCAGCAUCGAAUGUAUCCGUAUGUCAGCCUGUCUCCACAGUCUGCUGUAUCCGUUACGGGCAACGUCUACUACACUUCGAAUGCCGAUUUUGCAAAGUCGUGCCGAUACAACACAGCCCAGAACAAUGGAAUGGAUGGAUCGGGUGGUGCAGGUUACUCUUUCAACUUGCAGAACUGUGCCGCCGUUGCAGCAGCAGCAGCAGCAGCCGCUGUUUCGUCCCCUGCCACUUCCCCCGCUGUUGUGGCACCCUCGCAGUUCUUCCCUCAUCCCAAUCCGGCUGAUAUCGGUUCGUGUUCCCAGCUUGGUGUCAGGCAAGUGGAGCAGAUCCCGGACGUGCCACGUUAUCCCUGGAUGUCUAUUGCCGGACCUAAUGGUUGCCCACGACGAAGAGGUAGACAAACCUACACACGUUUUCAGACACUAGAGCUAGAAAAGGAGUUCCACUUCAACCACUACUUGACUAGAAGGAGAAGGAUCGAAAUAGCACACGCCCUAUGCUUGACAGAACGACAAAUCAAGAUCUGGUUUCAGAAUCGACGUAUGAAAUUGAAGAAAGAGAUACGUGCUGUGAAAGAAAUUAACGAACAAGCAAGAAUAGAUAAUCGUGGAAUUAAAGAAUCGAAAAAUCAAGACAAGAUAACAGACAAAGACGACUCGUGUCAAGUGAAACCAGCCGUCCAACAAUUACCAAAAACAGAAUUGUUGUCACAGAAAGGCGAUCAGAGCCUUACUAGUUCACCGAGUUCUUCAGAUUCUCAAACACCCCAGCUGUAAGCCUUUCAGGCUACGAUCCAAACGAUCUAAAAAAAAAACACGAUUAGGCAAAGGGGAGUUUACAAGGGUUAUAACAAAUUUAAAAAAAUAAUAAUAAAUAAUUAAAAAAAAACACUAAAAUUUGUCUAGCAAUACGUGGGUCUUUCAGUAGUGAAGAAUGGGCAAUGUCGUAUUCCUCAAUGGUUCGAGAAGAUUUUUGGGUUGAUUCGUUUUCGUUUCAUUGUGAUCUUGGCCUUUGUAAUUUGUAAAAAAAAAAAGGCCAGAAAAAUUAGCCUAUAUUUAAGCUAGUAGCUUAAAAAAAUACAAAGAAAAAAACGUGUAAUCUAGGUCCUAGAAGUAACUCUAUACCUCUAUAUAAAUAUAUUAUAUAUAUAUACAUACAUAUAUAUAAUGUAUAUGCACAUAACCAACCAUCAUACGUCUUUAAGGAUAAAUUCCUGUAUCCUUUUCUUGUAUCCACGUCACUUUGUGUGACGCAGUUUUAUCCAGUCGUCAGGAUUCCAAAGAUUUUUUUAUUCCUGGAAAGUGGAAAAAUAUGUCAAAAAUAAGAGCAUUUAAAUGGUAACAUUGUUUAAGUGUAUCCAUAUAGGAGCAGUGGGGGGAGACAGUUGCAGUUGCCCUCCUGCUGCAACUCUGUUGCUAUUAUACGUAUAAAAAAAAUGGGGAAAUAGUUACCAUUCCUCGUCGACAAAGCCUAGGUGUAUCAUAAUUUUGUUAAACUAUAUAUAUAUAUAAACACAUAAAAAUUCUAAAAAAAAAAAUAAAUAAAAUAAAAUUUAUAUAUAUAUAUGGUAAGCUUUGUAGUUUUUUAAUGAUGUGUUGUCUAGAUUUUUGGCAUCUGUUACCUGUUUUUUAUUGUUGUUAUAUUGUUGUUUGUGUGAAUAAUUUUUCCUUGACUUACGGGCAAACCGACGAACGUUCUGUCUCUGUAACAUUUUUUGCGCUUCGUCAAUAGAAUGAUCCCAUAUUUUUUAAGUUAUUGGAAUUCUUGUGAUAAAUAUUUUUUCUCGUUUUUUUUUCUAAUGUUGCUGUUGAUGGAACGUUUGAUACGUAGAUUGGCUCCUUUAUGGAAGCUCUCUGAGCCUUUAGAAGGCUCUCAAUACGUUAUAAGAGCCUGUAGAAGGCUCUGAUAUUGAGACUCUUCUAUAGGUCAUUGAUAUAUAUAUAUACGUUAAGCAUCAUUCUAUUGAUGGAUAUUUUGAUCAUGAUCACUCUGUGAAUGAUAAUUAUGUAGAUAGAAUCUAAGAAAUUGUUUCGAUUUUGUAUUUUUUUCUUGUUCUUAACAAAAGAAAAAGCUUUUAUACGUAUUGAUGCUGAUGAUGAAGAUGAGGAUGAGAGUGGAGGAGGAGGAGGAGGAGGAGAAGACAUCCCAUGAUGAAGAUAAAUUGAUAAAAGUGUCAUAAGCAUUCCCACCGUUAUAUAAAAGUUGUAGAGAGAAAAAUUAAUGUUGUAUUAUCUGUCUAUUGUGGAAAAAAAUCUUUAAAAAUGAUAGAAAAAGAAGUACAAAUGAACUGGUAGAAUCUAUUUACAGUUUGUUAUUUAUAGAGAAUCUGGUUUGAAUUUUCGAAUCGUCCCAUUGUACUGUACUCCAUAAUUAUGUGUACAAUAAAAUAUGUAAUAUGUCGAA